UUGUGAUAUAAACUUAUAAAUGUGCUAUUUUGGAGAUUUGCCCGAAAAACAACUUAAGGGUAUAUAUAUUAACCAAACACCCGAAGAUUUAACAUAGAUCCAACAAAAUACUCGAACAACAAAACAAAAGUUAAAAAGACAUGAAGCAACAACGUGACUUGGUCGUCGUCUUCUUUGUCCUUUUCAGCUUUCUCCUGUUUGUGAAUCUGAGUGAAGGAAGAUCGGGAGGAAGUGCAGAAGAAUAUUGGAAGAAGAUGAUGAAGGAUGAGCCAUUACCUGAACCAAUCAAAUAUCUUCUCAACAAUCCAUUUAGGACAGGACAAGAGAGGUUCGUCAAAGAUUUCGACACCAAGUCUAUCGUCAUCAUCUACCACAAUCCUAAUGUAUAACCAAUUAAAAUCAUAUAAUAUGGCUCUGCAUUUAUGUAUGCAUCAGUUUACACAUGCACCGUAUAAGUGUGUAUUAAUUAAGCAAAUAACACAUGCCUGAGUUGUUGUAGACUUAUACAGUUAUACUUACUAUAUUUUCAUAGUGAAGAAAUGUUGACCCUAUGCUUCACACGUUGUUUGUUUGAUAUAUCAAAAACCAAUCUACUGUGUGUGUUUU